AUGGAAGAAGAAUUGACAGUAGUUAGAAAAGCAUGCCUUAGCCUUAAUCUGUAAUUUUAACACAGAGAGCAGCAUGCAAUCAGCUCCAUUUUGCAACUUUAUAAAGACGCAAGAAAAGUAUUACCAUUAGACAUUUCAUUUUAUGGAAGCUUAAUAGCCGGAACAAAAUUAUGUGAAUGCGGGGCAAGAAUUAGAGAUAUAAUAAACUGUGUCUGCUAUCACAUUGAGCAUACAAUUCACUACAAUAUUGAUACCUACUUUGACAAGCGCGAUUUUGGUGUAGCCGCUGAAGAGUCUUUGCUUUCUGCAAUUCGAUUUGAAAUUUAUAAAUACCGAGCUCAGGAGCAUUAUAUUUUACUAAUAAACUUGGCAUAUGCUUUAAAACUGCCCCCUCAAGCUCUUCAGCUUGCUUGAAGCUUAUUAAAUGAAAGGUCUGAUUAAUUUAGCUUUAUGAUUCCUGAAAUUGAUCUAGGAUUUUAUCCAGAUAUGGUUGGAGCAGUUUUAGACCUUGCAAUUACUGCUAUUAAAGAAAUAAGAGCUGAGGAAUGCUAUAAAACGCAUCAAUCUUUUAUAGGCAUUGGGUGUGAUGAAAGCAGCGAUUUAACUAAUAUGAACGAGCUUAAGGCUAGAUGAGAAAUGGUGAAAAAUAUUCAAAAUAAUUGAUGAAAAGACUUUGGGUUUAAUGAGCUACUAUUAAAUGAAGCUCUGGCAAUUGUAUCAAGAAGGGUUGAAACUGCUGCAAAAACUGGAAUUUUAGAUAUAGAGAAUAGUUAA